AUGGAACCCUCAGACACGCUUGAAGCAAAAUUGAAACAAGACCUAGCGACUAUUGACACUGCGAGUAACCCGGAUCUUAGACUUGAGGACAUUCCAUGGCCGGCUAUCGAGGCGAGCGCGCGCGAACUGGCCAAUGUUUUACGAUCAAAAGAUUCGGCAGAUCAUCACACAACGCUUGGUCAAGGUAGCCUCCCGAAGAAUCUUGCGGCACUUCUGAGCAAGGCCUACGAUGGAAAGGUUCCCGGUGAUCAAGCAAAGCUGGCGUCCUUUGAACUUCUGCGGAUCAGCGCGAAUCUGUGCAUGGAUCACGAUGUGAACCGACAGCGAUGCAUAGACGUUGGGCUGCUGAAUAUAAUACAAUCCAUCCUGAAUCAAUACACCACUGUAUCGGAGCCUACCAUCGACGACCUCAAGGUAGCAAAGACCGCGGUCGGCGCCUUGUUGAACUCCUGCUUUGGUUUCGAACCUUCGAGAAAGGCGCUGAUAGCUCUUGGAACUCCCGAUACUGCAAUCCAACUUUCCCUUUCCCUGUAUCCACCCGCCAAAUGGGUAACCAUUCAAGAAGAUAGCACAUCGCUUGAUAUUCUCAUCACCUCCUAUCAGCUACGGAUAGGUCUUACAGAUUGGACAUGGAGACUCGUCUCUGCCAUCGCCGAAGGAGUCGAAACAUCACCAGUAUCUAUCAAAAGCCUACCAUUCCUCGUCUCGGCUCUUUCUGGAUUUAUCAGCCCAGUCGAAGCCAAAUCACGUCUUGUCGAGCACGCAGAAUCGCGCAACGCGCUGAUCACAGCGGACCUCGAAACCUUGGAGGAAUGUGUAACGCUUAUAGAAGCGCUUUCACUCGACUCUGAACCCGCUCGACUUGCGUUCGGCAAACCGUCAUCGACGCCCACAGCUGACAAGCAAACGCUCCUGUCGACUUUACUAGAUUUUAUCGAGCACGCUGAUUACCCGGUUUACUGGUCACUGGAUGGAGAGGAGGAGCUGAAGAAGCGCGAAAAGGCGUUUGAUCUCUGCAAAGCUGGUUCAAUCAAAGCACUCGUGUCUAUUGCCGGAGAAGGGGAUGCUAUGGAUGCUCUGUGGGAGAGUCCUGACAAGGUCGUGAACCGUAUGGUCUCGUGGAUCAAUAUACAAGGGCGAAAUAAGGUCCACAGGGAUGAUCUUGUCAUUGCGGGCUGCUUAACAUUGGGAAAUAUCGCUCGCAAAGAUGCGUACUGUGAAGCCCUGCUUGGCGAACCAUAUAAUCUUGCAAGUUCACUCGUCAAGCUUCUCGAGCCAGACGCGGAUAUCAAAGUGAAGCAUGCCGUUACAGGUCUCCUCAAAAACCUCGCCCAAGCGGCGAAUAAUCGAAAGGCUCUAGGAGAGUCUGGAAUACUAGAAAAACUCGCGCUGUCAAAGGUAUGGGACCAAAGCUGCGACAUGGCCGAGACUGUUCAAGUGUCUGCCAUUGGCGUGGCGAAGCAUCUGUGCAAUGGCGAUGUCAGCAAUACUCUGCGCCUGAUGAACAGCUCAGAGCCGAAUGGUGUCGACCAAAUCUUGGCUCUCGUCAAGCGUUCAGACUCGAUCAUUGUCAAGAGCGAGGGAACUCGUGUCGUCGCGUACUGCGUCAGGUCUUUGUGGCGUAAAGAUGCCCCAGGGAUCGAUGUGGGAUCCUCGCCAUUGCGAACAGAGGAUAUCGCCCAACGACGGCAACAAGCCGCCAAUGACCUUUCAAAGGAACCUGCAGUAAGAGCGCUGGUUGAUUUGCUCGUCACGGGCCAGAAACACGCCAUCCUCCUCAACGAGAGUUGCUUUGCACUCAAUCUUAUUGCGGGGAACUCGUCUGGCGCUACUGUGAUAUCCAAUGCACUUGCAUCACCCGUGGAAUUUAUCCAGUCAAACCCGCUCUCCGGAGAGGCACCAACGACGACGACAAUGACAGGUACAGAAGCGCUCAAGGCCAUCAUAUCAAAUACAUCUGGAAAAUGCGCACCAGAGCUGCGGGCUAAUGCAUGCUCACUUGUAUGGACCCUCCUACGGAACACGGGACAGAACAAACAAAUCAAAGAAGAGGUCGGAACUGCCUUUAAAGAUGCACUCAAGGAGGUUCUUGAUACGAAAGAUGCGCCAGAAAAACUGACGCAAGCUGCCAAAUGGGCAUACGAUGCGAUUUAG